AGGCGCCAUCUUGUUCCUGUGCGGGGCGGCGGGGCCGGGCCGGGCCCGCGCUGAGGGAGCGCCCGGGGCAGCGCCCGCCGCCACCGCGGGGCGCGGCAUGGACACCCACUACUACGGCGGGGAGCAGUCAGAUGAUGGAGGAGCUACUCCAGUGCAAGACGAGCGAGACUCAGGAUCUGAUGUGGAAGAUGAAGGAAACGAACAGCAUUCUGGAUCGGAGAAUGGAAGUGUAGGGCACCAUUCAGAGAAUGAACAUAGUGAUGGAGAAGAUGAUGGGCAAGGCGAAGAGCCUCGUAUGACAGACUCUGAAAAUGAGGAUAACCCAAGGCAAAAAGAAAGUGAGUCGGAUAAUGAGGAGCCCCCAAAUCACAAUGUGAGUGAUUCAGAAAAUGAAGCAACUCAUGGAGAGAAAGACAGUGACUCUGAUACUGAGGACCAUCCAAACCGGCAUUUAAGUGACUCUGAAAAUGAAGAGGCCUUAAAUCAUCGAGCGAGUGACUCUGACAAUGGAGAACCUCCAAGGGAUCACAGCAGUGAUUUUGAAAAUGAGGAAUCACACAAGCAGCCAGCCAGCGACUCUGAGAGUGAGGAGCUCCAGAAGCAGCCAGCCAGCGACUCUGAGAGUGAGGAGCUCCAGAAGCAGCCAGCCAGCGACUCUGAGAGUGAGGAGCUCCAGAAGCAGCCAGCCAGCGACUCCGAGAGUGAAGAGCCUCAGAAGCAGCCAGCCAGCGACUCAGAGAGCGAGGAUGUGUCCAGACACAAGCAGAUAGAGUCUGAAGAUAGCGAUGGGGAGGACAGGAAGGAAAAGGUGCAGAAUGACUCUCAUCAUUCAGAUAAUGAACAUGUAAGGAAAGGAUUUCAGGGCUCUGACAGUGAAGACGAAGCUCCUAAGAGACGUAAAAUAUCAGACAGUGAUGAAGAUGAAAAAGAGGAAGAAAAGACAGUGAAGAGGAAAACAGCCAUCCUUUCUGAUAGUGAGGAUGACAAUGAGAAAACACCUGCAAAAAAGGUACGAAUCCUUUCUGAUGCUGAAGAAUCGGACAGUGAUGCUGCUUCAGAAAAAUCUGACAAAAGGAAGAAAAAUGUUGUAUCUGAUAGUGAGGAGGAGGAAGAAGAAGGAAAAGAGAAUGCUGGGAAGAAAAAAGGGAAAGAUCUGUUUGGCAGUGACAGUGAAUCUGGAAAUGAACAAGAGAACCUGAUUGCAGAUAUAUUUGGAGAAUCUGGUGAUGAGGAAGAGGAGGAAUUUACGGGUUUUAACCAGGAGGAUUUGGAGGAAGAAAAAGGUGAUGGAGACAUGAAGGAGACAGCAGAUGAAUCAGACUCUGAUGAUAACAUCAAAAGAGGGAAGCACAUGGACUUCAUGUCAGAUUUCGACAUGAUGCUGCAGAGGAAGAAGAGCAUGAGCGGCAAGCGCAGGCGGAACCGUGAUGGGGGCACUUUCAUCAGUGACGCAGAUGAUGUGGUCAGUGCCAUGAUUGUGAAGAUGAAUGAAGCUGCUGAGGAGGAUCGUCAGCUGAAUACACAAAAGAAACCAGCACUAAAGAAAUUAACUUUGCUACCAACUGUAGUUAUGCAUCUUAAAAAGCAGGAUCUCAAAGAAACUUUCAUCGAUAGUGGUGUUAUGUCUGCCAUCAAAGAGUGGCUUUCUCCUCUUCCAGACCGAAGUCUGCCAGCACUAAAGAUAAGAGAGGAGCUUCUGAAGAUCCUACAAGAGCUGCCCAGUGUGAGCCAGGAGACCCUGAAGCACAGUGGCAUUGGACGGGCUGUGAUGUACCUGUACAAACACCCCAAGGAGUCAAGACCGAACAAGGACAUGGCUGGGAAGCUGAUCAAUGAAUGGUCUCGUCCCAUCUUUGGCCUUACCUCAAACUACAAAGGCAUGACCAGAGAAGAGAGAGAACAGAGAGAUUUGGAACAGAUGCCUCAUCGAAGGAAAAUGAGCAGCUCUGGUGGUCAGACUCCCCGUAGGGACCUGGAGAAAGUAUUAACAGGAGAAGAAAAGGCUCUCAGGCCCGGGGACCCUGGGUUCUGUGCCCGAGCGAGGGUCCCAAUGCCCUCCAACAAAGACUACGUCGUCAGGCCCAAGUGGAACGUGGAGAUGGAGUCCUCCAGGCCCGGGACUAUUAAGAGAGGUAUUAGUCGCUUGGAAAAGCACAAGAGACGGUUUGCUGAACAGAAACGACUCAGCAAAGUGCAUCGGGCCAUCAAGUUCAGCAUUGAAGGCAACAGGAUGCCCCUGUAGCCAUACCACUGCCUUCCCAAGUUGGAGAGGUAUCCCUCGAGGGAGGUGUGAACAGUGCAUGUGCUCCAGCUGUUGGCAGUUUGCACAUGCAGGACAGGAGUGUGUACACCCUAACUUUAACCUGGAAAACUCUCCUUGAAUUCUCUCGUGUCUGUACUGUGACCUACAAGGGAACUUGUACAGGAGAAGACAGGCUCUAGCACAUAACCUCUGUCAUGGCUCCUGCCUGCACAGCUUCAGGGUACCCAAAUGACAAGAGUUCAGCGAAAAUACCUGUGCUCAAAACCAGCUUUGCACCACCUGUGGUUUUGAAUGCUGUUCUGACACAAUUAGGUUUUCCAGAUUCACCUGAAGCGACACAUGGGCAUUCUUAGCCCUUGGUACAGGAGCUCGUGUCACUGCUUGCAGUGUCUGUGGCUGACCUCUGACUGGGGCACAGUGAGGUGUUUUUCACACCUUCUCAUUCAAGGAAGUAGAAUGAUGUGAGACAAUAGGGGUGGUUGAUGGGAGCUACAGAAUGAGACCAGGGGGAGAAGAAUCCUCUGCUGUGAGUGUGGGUUAGGAGAACAUGCAUCAAUGGGAAUUGCUUUGACAAUUCCUGGUCUGCAUUUUAAUGCUGUAAGCAGGGCUGCCACAAGCUGACAGUGACAGGAAGAGGUGAGCACAAGCCAUAGAUAACUGUUGAGUUCAUAUUAAGCUUCAUAUUUAUUUGUUUUUAAAAAGAUAUUUUCUUAAACAUCACUGUGAAAUUUUAGGUAUAAUUUCAAUGAAUAGUGAACAGAUUUAUGAAUAAAUCUUAUUUAAAAUCAGCAUGUCAGGAGCACCUUCUUUAGCCGUGGGAACAAGUUUCUAAUGGAUGUGUUUUUCAGAUACUAAGUAGCAUGUUUUGGAUAUCACUGUUUCUCCCAAACUUAAAAGUGUCAUGUUUCCAUCACUUACUGUUUCUGUUGUCUAGUUAAGGAAAAUUGCCUUCUGGGAAGCACUGGCUAUGGCGUGGAAGGUCCUUGCUGUUUGUCUUCAGCACACCAUCACUGAAUUAAUCUGUGCAGAAUAACUCUUAUGCCACCUGGUUUUCAUUUGCAGUUCAAACACAGAGAUGAAAUGCAAUGCUUGUAUGGUCAGCGUAGGCAUUUCUUUUUGCUCCCCCCUACACUGCCUUUGUUCAAUAAUCCUUUGCUUUCUCAAUACUAAUCCCUGACCUUUAAAAUAAAUGGCAGCCUGAAAUUGAUGUGUCACCUUAGUCACAGUGUAUCUAACUCUCCUGCAAGAAGUCCAGAGUGGUGACAUUGGUGCCCUGUGGUUCUGACAUAGCUGCAGCCAAUAGAUAGAAAAUUUCCAAAUGGUACCCAGCUGCACAGUGAUUGACCAUACACUGUGAUGACUGUGAGUGCCACUGCCUCCACCUGGGCCCUGCAGAUACUGGGGGGCAUUUUCCCUUUCUGGGAAGAAAACAGAUCAGCUGGGCUCAGUGGCUCCCCCAGCUCCUUGCCAGGCGCAACCUCGCAUGUGCCGCUUGCCUUGGACAUCUGGGGCGUCUGCUUUUUUUCAGUGGUAAUUAUUAGUUUUAUUUUUUAAGUUCCAGGGGACCUCUAAGAAAGGGGUGAGUCGACUGGACAAACAGAUGCGGAAAUUCACAGAUAUCAGGAAAAAAAGCAGAACGGCCCAUGCAGUGAAAAUCAGCAUUGAGGGCAAUAAGAUGCCAUUGUGACCCUUCACAGAAUGCCCCAUGAGCUCUGCUGUAAGACAGUACACCCACAGACUCUUUGGAGACCUUUAAAUUUUUUAACUUGUUUGGGGUGGGUUUGGUUUUUUAGUUUGUUUUUUAAGUGAACCCUUAAAUUGUUGGUUCAGGUUCUGGUAGAAGAUGUUGUCUGAGGACUGUGAAUAUGGGGACUCCUUUCUCCUGAUUGUAUUUAAACUGGCCCUGUUGUGUCCUUUGUACAGAUCAUGUAUUUGUUGUAUUGCAACACUUUAAAAAAUAAAACAUCUUCUGGUUUCUUUUGGGA